UUUUGUGACGUGAUGUGUUAGUUUUGUGUAAACUGUGGAUUAAUCAUUUAAAAAUGGAUCAAAUAUGACGCACCCCAGUUUUCAAACUAACGGAGCUAGUUUAGAAGAUUGCCACACAAACUUCUUUGCUUUGACCGAACUAUCCGGCAUCAAAUGGCGUAAACUGACGUGGUCGGAACCGGGCGGCGGUAGCCACGGACCCGGUGGGGGCGGCCAUCACCACGUGCCGCCCGGCGAGCCCCUGGACGAUCCGGUACUGCGCAGCUACGCGCGCUGCCUCGCCUCCGACAUCCUGUGCGUGUGGCGCCGCGUCUCGUCCUCGGUCGGCGUCGGCCACUACCGUCACCACUCGGACGCCUUCGAUGCGCCGCCGCCUCCCGCGCAGCCACCCCCUCUCAGCCUGGCCAGCGCCAAGGAGCUGUGGAUCUUCUGGUACGGGGAGGAGCCCGACCUCAACGAGCUGGUGGCGCCCGAGUUGAACAUGAGCGAUUGCGAACAAGGUUCUUGGGAAAGUGGUUUGUCAUACGAAUGCAGGUCUUUGCUCUUCAAAGCUCUUCACAACCUGAUCGAAAGAUGUUUAUUGUCAAGGGACUUCAUCCGACUAGGCAAGUGGUUCGUCCAGCCUUACGACUACCCGGCACCACGUUACGACCCCUCCGACCCGGACUCGCCUUCCGCCCCUCCCGGGGCUCCCUCGCCCCCUUAUGAGGCCCCCUCGGCGGCGCCACCUACCGCCGGCCACCUCUCCUUCUCGUUCGCCUUCUUCGUGCACGGCGAGAGCUCGGUGUGCGCCAGCGUGGACGUGAGGCAGCACCCGCCGGUGAGGCGGCUCACCCGGUGGCACAUGCAGCAGGCCCAGGCCAGUUCGGGAGGCAUCAAAGUGAUUUUGGCGCCUUUUGGACUAGCUGGUACGCUCACCGGGCAGUGUUUUCGAUCGCCUGAGUCGACAGCCAAGUUUUUGGAGGAUUGGAGUCAUUUUUAUCCUUUGGACAAGAGCUCAUCGCUUACUGAUAGUAAUGUGGUGGAAGUUAUUGUAGGUGGAGUAAAGAUGAGGUACCCCUCAUGCUACGUUAUGGUGACAGAUUUGGAUGAUACAGGAAACCACAAUGUACUGAGUAGUUUAGGUCUAUUGGGGAGCGGCAGUGGGAACAAUGCGACUACUAAUGAAAGGUUACUUAAGACACCCGUCAGCGCAAACGACACCUGUUUGCCUAUCACCGUACCCACACCUCCACCAUCGCCGGUGCAGAUCAACAGCAAAGUACCUCAACCGGGACCCCACACCGUUUCGGUGGAGAACAUCAACAGCAUGUCCAGGGAGCAGUCGGCCGCUCAGGUACUGGCGGAGAGGACGUGGCAGUACUGCUUGUGCGCGAACGAGAAGGGCUCCAAGGAGGACGGGGGUGGGAACUGGGACUUUGUGGAACCUACAAGGAAGACUUGCUGUACCUGUUUAAAGCCAAGAAGAUAUCUUUACUCGUCUAACUCCAAGUGGCCCCAAUCUCACGCCAACCUAAGUUCCAGUUCUGCAACUUGUUCGGGCAGUUCGCCGAAGCCUCAAAAACUCCUAAAAAACCGUAUUCCGUUUCACAGGCGAUCGCUGAACGCCGGGGCGGAACCGCCCCUCCAGCCCCAAGGGGCGACGGGGGAGGCACCUAGCCAACCCCAACCCUCAGACUCAAGAACAUGUCUUGGAGGUUCUUACACGCCGCAAGGAGGUCCGCCUUCGUAUCCGAGGACUCAGGAAAGUUUGACAGUUAAUUCAGUUGGUAGUCCUGCAUCAGUUGCUCCAUCUCCAUUGCCAGGUCCUCACUCACAACCUGCUUCAGUUCCACCAGCUGAUGCUACAAUGCCAACAUUGUCACCUAACCCACCUACAUCUGAUCAGUCACCGUUAGUAGGCGUAGAUAAAACCCAUACGCCACCAGAUAGCGUUCGGAUGCCACCAAAAAGUAUAGAAAGUCCAAACAGUAGUCCAUCAUGUAUUAAAACUGACCAAGACGCCAAAACCAACGACAGAAGAUCGAUAGACGACGCUGAGAAGGGUAAUGGGGGAUUGACAGCCUUAAAAAGGCCGUUCUUGAGCAGCAAAGAGUAUGAAGUGGCAUUAGGUGAAGAAGAACACACCCUUGACAUGUUAUAUGAUUACUCGACUCAAAAUGCAUGGCUGAACCAUCCAGUAAAAAGGUUCAAACCCGACGGAAAAGACAGUAGGAUAAAUAGGAAAAUGGAUAUAUACACCCUGUAUCAUCACAACGGCAUUAGUCAAAACAAUGAUAUUAGUAAUAUAAAUAUUAAGCAAGAGACUUCUUUUAAUAUGGAUCCAGAUUCAAAAUCGAUAUUGCAACCCCACGGCGUUAAGCGGCCGGGAGAUCCUUACGAAUUUGGAGACGAUGGUGACAACUCGAAUUGUAAAAUAGACGGUUUUACUAGGACACCGCCCAUCAAAGAGGAGCCAAAAGAUAAAAGAGUAGAAAAUUUAUUUGUGAAUGAAAGUUUGCAGCCCUCUUUGAAGGACUUAGACCAAAUCUUUGACAACUCGGAUUAUACGAGCAGUGAUGAAGCGUGCUUUCCACAGAUUCAAAUACAGACGCCUCCGGGAUCUGCGGGGCCCACUACCAACCACUUACUUCACCACGACGACACCACCAAACGGCUUUCCACCGGGUACGGAACAACGAAUUUGGGCGGCUGUCCCAACGUGGGCAUGCCGCCCGAAUUGAGCAAAAUGUUUCCCACGCCGCCCAGUUUGGAACAUAACCCCAUCGCGUCACCUUGCGGCCAAUCGGACUUGGUACAGCCUGACUAUACUGAUUUGACUAUAGUUAGGCUCAAGCAGGAGAUUUAUCCGAUGAUGGGGAGCCCACAAGAGGAGAAUAUAGAAGACUGGAGUUUCGUUUUUAAACCACCAGCCAUUUGUAAAAUGGUCGGCAGCAGCAAGUAUGCCCCAUUGAACAAUCUGCCCAGCCAAAUGCAACCCGUACAACUUCCUAGCAAUUGUGUUUACAAACCUUCCUGGAUACAGCAUCUAGAAAAUAGUAAAAACCACAGCCAACAGAACGCUACAAAUAACAAUAGUAAUAGUAAUAAUAGCAACCACAACAGUACCAAUAACAUGAACAACAGAAAUCGAACGCCAACGCCCUCUGUGCCCAAUAAUCUACAUCAAAGUCCGGGGGUAUUUCCACCUAGUCCUUUACAUCCUCCAGGUUUUAGGCCUCCUCCACCUCCAUACGAGUUACCUUCUCCAGCGAACUCUAAUGCCUCGUCGUAUCUGAAUAAAAACCUGAAUUCUGUCGAGCCAGUAUCUACGCCGCAAGCUAAUCAUCGAACGCCAGAAGCAAGUUCGUUAGUGCUCAACAUUCUCCUAACUGAUACUGCCUUCAACAUCUUUAGGGAUCAUAACUUCGACAGUUGUACUUUGUGCGUGUGUAACGCAGAUGGAAAGAUUGUCGGAAACAUCAGAGGGGCUGAUGCUGGCAUCUAUCUCUUGAAUUCACAAAGUGACAAAAUUCAUGCUAGUGCGCAGCCCAGCAGUCCCUAUCCCGGCAUGGGGCAGCCGCCUCCCUAUGGAGGAAUGCUCUCUCCCCAACAUCAUGGUACUUCAGAUGAGGAGCAAGUUAGGUGUAAAUGUGGGUUCUCGGCGGUAGCCAAUAGACGACUUGCAUAUGGCAGCGGACUUUUCUAUGAAGACGAAAUGGAAAUUACAGGUAUUGCCGAAGACCCGGGCGAACGAAAGAAGGCCUCACUAGUCAGUUACCUCGCAUCUUUGAACAGCAUCAAGUCCGAAUCGAUGGUCGAUCGUGAACAGCUCGAUUCGUUACCGAACAAUCUGCUCGAGCUCGUGCGCGAUCAGCUGGUGUUCGUUCCCAGCACCGCGAACGCCCUCUGUCGAGCGGCUAGGUACGUCAGACAGGCUAAAGUGGGAUUAUAUUCGAAUUCGGUGCAUCUGCUGGAGUACUCGGACAGCAACGAAGUUACUAGUAUAGCGUUGGAGCAGAGUAAAAAUCUGUUGGAUAAUUUGGGCAUGUGCAAGAUGGAGAACGAAAAGGUAUCCAAGUUACAAUCGGUGGGAGUACAUAGAUGGUCUUACCUAAAAGCACCAGGACCUCAGUGUAAUCAGGACAUUGUGAGAGUGAUGAAGUCCUUGCAGCCUUUGCUUCAGGAAACCGUUCAAAGGAGAGGGCAAACAAGACUCUGGGAAGCCCCUUCUGCCGUCAAGGGGCCUCUUACUUGGCGACAAUUUCAUCGAUUAGCUGGUAGAGGAACUGAUGAUAGAUGUGAACCUCAACCGAUUCCUUCUAUAAUAGUAGGGCAUGACAAAGAUUGGCUGUGUUUAUCUCCUUAUGCUCUUCAGCAUUGGGAGAGUUUGCUCUUAGAACCCUACUCCUAUACAAGGGACGUGGCUUACAUUGUUGUGGCGCCUGAUAAUGAGGCGAUUUUACCAAGAGUUAAGACUUUUUUCAAGGAAUUGUCAACUGCAUAUGAAAUAUGCAAGUUGGGUAGGCACAGUCCUAUUACGAAAGUAUUAAGGGACGGUAUAUUAAGAGUGGGUAAAACAGCAAAAAUGAAAAUUGGAAAUGAACCAGUUGAAGAUUGGUUUACAUUACUUGGGGAUGGGGAAACAACUGAUAUGCUUAAGUUGUAUGCACAGGUUUGCAAACAUCACCUAGCGCCACAUUUACAACAAGUACCUAUGGACAAAACGUUAUUAGAUCCACCGCCCGAGCCCAAUGAAAGACCGGCGCCGAGUCCUAUGCCUCCGCCCAGCACGCCAGAUCCUAACCUAAAUUCGCAGUCAUCUUCCACGCCUGAAAAGGCACCAUCGACGCCAAAGAGUGACCAAGAUUUUGCAGACUCUGACGGAAUGAAAGAGAGUCCACCUUUUCCGGGCAGUAACCUUGACACCUCGCACGACGACGAUGACAGGGAGGCGCCAUCUGUCGUCGUGUAUCUGGUUGAACCGUUUACGUUGGGUUCCGAUCAACCCGAGUUACAACGACUCGCUGUUCUGGCACUACUGAGAUGCUUCCAAAGCGUUCUAGCCGCCGUACCUGAAAAUAUUAGGAAUAAUAUUAGUGUUCAAAUAAUUUCUUUAGAAAGUAUAGUGGAAUUAAACAAGGCUAGAGACCGAAUGAGGCACAGUGAUAAUAUGAGAGCGUUGGCCUUAAAUAUUUUCUCCCAAUGUAGAAGAUUGCUGAUUCAUUCAAACAACGUUAAAUCGCUCACUGGCUUUGGUACUGCCGCUACUGCGGAUCUGUUUUUGAAGAGUAAAGAUGAAAACAAUCGGGCACCUUACAGACUGUUCACACCGCCCUAUAUACUAGCACCGAUGCGGGAAAAAGUCGAAUCGGCCGAAGCAUUCGGCAAAGGUACGCAGGACCAGGCUUCAGUCCUCUACAUUUCCUACUGCCUCUCCGACGAUCAAAGCUGGCUAUUGGCAGUCUGUACCGACGAAAGAGGAGAGAUUUUCGAAACAGUUACCAUUAAUAUAGACAUACCAAAUAGAAGCAGGCGGAAAAAGGCAUCGGCGCGCAGGAUCGGAUUGGAAAAACUGAUGACGUUCAUUUUGGGCAUUAUGUCGCAAAGCGUACGGCCUUGGCGAUUGGUGGUUGGAAGGUUGGGGAGAAUAGGUCAUGGCGAACUAAAAGGCUGGAGCUGGCUUCUCAGCAAAAAGAACUUACUGAAGGCUUCCAGGCAUUUGAAGGAGAUUUGUAACCAAUGUUCGAUGCUGUAUCCGAGCGCAGUGCCUUGUAUUCUAUCCGCUUGUCUUGUCAGUUUGGAACCUGAUUCCUGUUUGAGGUUGAUGCCGGACCAAUUCACUCCCGACGAAAGAUUCAGUCAGGCCAGCGUCAAUUCGCAACUGUCAACGCCUCAGGACGUUUCUUGUACGCAUAUUAUGGUUUUCCCUACUAGUGCCACAACCCAGUCGUCACAAACAGCGUUUCAGGAACAACAUAUCGGUGCCGAAUUAGGCGACGACGAAUUAUUCAAAGCGUUCGACGACGAUUUGUCUGAAGGAAUAGAUAAAGAAUUUACCGAAAUAUUCAACUGGGACCAGUUGGCCCAGUCUCCGACUGGUAGCCCACGAAGAGAGGAUGCGGGGGCAGGCAGUCCUGGAGGCGGUGGAGUUGGGAGUAUGGAGGGAGCUCCUGGUAUACCGGGUGGUCUAUCUAAAGGACAAGAAUCGAGUGAAGAAGUUGGCAUAGUUCUCCAGCAACCUCUGGCUCUCGGUUACUUGGUAUCCACCGCGCCUACCGGACGUAUGCCGCGGUGGUUUUGGGCGUCUUGUCCCCAUCUGGAAGGCGUUUGUCCAGCCUUUCUCAAAAAUGCUCUGCAUUUACACAGUCCCAACAUUCAACAGAGUAGCGACGAUUUGUUUCAACAAUCCGCUCAAGUUACUAGUCAUCCAUUAGAUUCUCAGUACACUACAGAUGUUUUAAGGUAUGUUUUGGAAGGCUAUAACGCCCUUUCCUGGUUGGCUCUAGACUCUAACACCAAGGACCGUUUGUCAUGUCUGCCAGUUCAUAUGCAAGUUUUAGUUCAACUUUAUCACACAGCUGCAGCGCUCUUGUAAAACCCUGUGCCUAUAGGCAGUGUUUAGGCAUUUAGUGUAACCUGAUUUCAUUUUAUCGUUUCUAUUUCUUUUAAUCUUUUACACUCGCCUAAUUUUUUGUUGAUGUCUUAAUAUUUGAAGUUUCGUUAUGUACAUUACAUAUUAUUUUAUUGUACAUAUUAAACAUUGUUUUGAGUAUAUAUUCUACGGUACUUAAAGAGAAGGUGGUCAAAAUUUGCAGCAAUUUUAAAUCCAUUGUCAGAACGUUAAGCGAACAAAAUUUCGCAUGGAACUUAUUCCUAUGGUUGUAAUUAUUUUAGCCAAUGUGUAGAUUGUAAGUAUAGUGACAAAUUAUUAUAAUACUCAAAGUGUUGUUAAUACUGAUAUUAUUUUAAUUGAACAAUGUACAUACAGAGAAUAAUUUAACUGUAAUUUGUCCCUAUUGUUUUUUAUUGUACAAAGAAAAAUUGUGAUAUUAUAAUAAAUUUUAGUCUGUAUAAAAACUAUUUUUAAACUGAAAUCGCCGAAUAUAUAAACUAUAAUAUUAUAUAUUUUUAACUGCCAAUAAUCACAGUGUUUUACAAGAGUAAUAAAUAGGUUAGUUAAAUCUCAAUGUAAUUGUAAUAUGUGUUUCUGUAAGUUUCAAUAUCAAUGACAUUUUACAUGUGUUUCAUUAUGGUGCUUGAAAAGAAAUUUUGUUAAUAACUUACUUGAAUCUUCCUUUGUCAGCUUCCUUUCGCAUCUCAGGGAUCUUCUUCCUUGUUUCUUAUUGUAUUUUAGUACAAUAAGAAAUAAAUCAAAUUUGGAGAAACUAUUUUAUUUGUCAGGUUAAAGAGAUGUUUCAGAGGUGUACCUCAAAAAAAAAGUCUAGAAAAUACAGUUAAAUUUUCGUUUGUAAUAUGUUUAAAUUUUUGCAUCAGUGUUACAGAAUUGCUUAACUCUACAAAAGCGAUAUAAGCGAUUUGUUUUAUAAGCGAGUUUGUCAUAUUUUUAGGCUGUUAUAUUAGUAACACCGAUAUCGAAAUGAUUGAAAGUAUUCUUUAAGAAGGAACAUAGAUUCCAUUUCUUCCUCUUUUUAUUUAUUGACGUUUUAAUUUGGGAUAUUUUCCAUCCAAACAUAAAAAUUCUGUUGUUCCAUGGCAAGAGUGUAAAAUAUAUUGACACACACUGCUCAUUCACACUGCUUCAAAGCCGGAUGAGAUCGUAUAUCUCGUGAGUAAGAGUCGGUUUUAGACGUUCGCCAAGUCGGUAGGCCCCGUCCAGAUUAACCUUAGCAGCUAAAAGGAAACGUUAACUUAAAAUACCUACUUUAGAACAUAAUUUGUAAUCGCGUUUAAAAUUUUACUUGAAAUUGAAUUUUUUGAUUGUUUAUGUAGUAAAUUUUGUAAAAAUAUAACGUCACACAGUGGCCCACAACACAAACACAGACCGCAAUGACUCGAAGGCCAAAAAAGAGAGGGAAUAAUGGAAUAACGCGUGAUUUUAUUUCGUUGGUGUCGAUCGCUGUCCUGCGCAGUGAUGCCGAAUUUGAUAAUUUUUGUCUUAAUUUAUAGUAAAAACUAUUUUUAUUUUAUUAUUUUGCCAAAUUUUGCCUGCCCUGCUUUGAUUAGCACUGCACGCCAGUGACGUCACAAUAAAAUAACAGUUAUAUAAAAAAUAAUUUUUCUCAGUGCAUUUAAAAAUUUCUUUCAAUAAAAUUCCAGACAUUGUUUUGGCGUUCAAGAGAAUUUAACUAUCAAAAUUGCUUGUGUACAGUUAAGAUAUUCUGUGCCUAUGUCUCCUUAUGCAAUUUUAUUGUAGUUGUGUCUCUGAUUGUUAUUUAGUAAUUAAUAAAUAAAUUGACAAUAUUAUUUUGUAUAUCGAAGUAGAAGGCCUUAUUGAAAACUAGUAAAGGCGAAAAUUAUAAAGUAUAGUAAUGUAUAAAUGGCUGAUUUGAUAUUUCAUAGUUCUGAAUUUCCACACCUGAAAAAAAAAUUAUAUACAUUAUAUAUACAUACAUAGAUAUAUUAAUUCCAAGAUUUUCCAUAAUUGAUUAAGUUUUUAAAGCACAUUUGAAACACAUGUAAAAAAA